UUUUUUCCAAACGAGUGUGAUUUAAUGCUUUUUGACCAGAUAAUUAGCUAAUAUGUACAUUGCAUAUAUAGAUAUGGUUAUUAUUGUGGUAGAACAGAAAUCAAAAGGUGGCUGUCAUACUUGAACUCUAGGCAGCGCUACCAUUGCAUGUUAUGUCCGCCAUGAAAAAACGGAAGCAAUGCGUUUCCAAGGAAGAGACCUGUAUCAUAUCUUCGACUACCUCAACGAAAGAAACAGGAGACAACUAUGGUCAGAUCCCAAUGGAUAUCAUCCUUAAAAUACUUUCGAGAGUGCCUGCCAAAUCCAUAGCGAGGUUCCGUUGUGUGUCUAAAGACUGGGGUGUUACUCUCUGCCGUCCAUAUUUCACGGAUCUGUUUCUUAAGAUGUCUUCUCUUAGUCCAUGUCUCCUUUUCACUUUCCAUGCAGAGGGUAAGUGGUCAUUUUUUUCCUUACCCGAGUCUAUGCUGAUUUCGGACCAGAAGUCAUCUCGUGUAGUGGAUAGUCUUAGUCAUGUUCCUAUAGAUUAUCCCAUUAGAGUUUGUGUCCCUGUCUGUGGGAUGUUGUGUACUAAAGAUGAGUGGGAUUUAAGCGGAAAGAAAGAUGCUAGGAUGAUGAUAUGUAACCCUAGCACAGGAGGGUUCAAACUUUUACCCAAAGUGAAAACGAGGAGGCGUAGGGUUUUGACAUAUUUAGGGUAUGACCCAGUAGAAAAAGUAUACAAGGUACUGUGCAUGACAUCUUGUGAAAGGCCGUAUAGUCAAAAAACUGAACAACAUCAGGUUCUCACAUUAGGAACAGGAAAAAUGAAUUGGAGAAUGAUUGAAUGUUCAGUACUAUCUCAUUAUCCUCAAUCUCAACAUAGUGAGAUAUGCAUAGACGGAGUCUUAUAUUAUUUAGCUGUGGGAAGUGGGUGUUGGAAAACUUCUAUGAUAGUUUGUUUUGACAUAAGGUCCGAGAAGUUAAAGUUUAUUGUUGAUGAAGCUUUCAAGGAUAUAAAGUCUCCUUCAACUCUGAUAAACUGCAAGGGAAAAUUAGGUAUAAUCCAUCCUAAUGCAUCAGGCUUUAUGGAUGGGAAAUCUAGUGGUUUCGCUUUGUGGGUCAUAGAUGAUAUUGAGAAACAUACAUGGUGCAAGAAUAUUAUCAUGUUUCCGUCUCUAUGGUGGAGUCUAGUUGCUGGGACUAGGGUACGUAUCAUCGGGACUACCGGUAAUGGUGAAAUUUUGUUUUCUCCAUGCGUCGUGUCCAUCCCUUUCUACAUUUUCUGCUACAACAUGGAAACGAACUCUAUCGGAAGAAUUGAAAUCAAAGGCUUCGGACCUGUCAUGGAUCAAAAAAUUUACACAUUCUUAAACCAUAUGGAGAAUCUGAAACUUAUCCCAUAA